AUGUACGUGGUCACGGUGGGUGGGAACCUUCUCAUCAUGCUGACCAUUGGUUCUGAUUCCCACCUUCACACCCCUAUGUAUUUCUUCCUCUCGAACCUGUCCUUAGUGGAUUUCUGUUUGGUGUCUACCUUGGUCCCCAAAAUGCUGGUGAACUUCCUGACACACAAUAAAGCUAUCUCCUAUGCGGGCUGCCUCACCCAGAUGUACUUCUUCAUGGUUUUUACUUGUACAGAUAACUUGCUCCUUGGUGUGAUGGCUUAUGAUCGCUUUGUGGCCAUCUGCCACCCGUUGAGUUAUGUGACCAUCAUGAGCCCACAGCUCUGUGGCUUUCUGGUUUUACUCUCUUGGACUAUCAGUCUUCUAAAUGCAGUACUCCAUUUAUUCUAUGGAACAGUUCUUGGAGUAUAUCUGAGUUCCUCAGUCACACAGUCUUCUUGGAAGAACUCGGUUGCAUCAGUGAUGUACGUAGUGGUCACUCCCAUGUUGAAUCCCUUCAUUUAUAGCCUGAGGAACAAGGACAUCAAAGAUGCUCUGAGAAGACUCAUUAACAGAAUGGCUUCCUCUCAGUUGAUUAGGCAUGGCUAA